AUGAUGCCCCUAAGCUCCUUUCUUCUCAUUGUUGUAAUUGCUCUUUUAUUUACAUUUGCAUCUUCUGCAGUUGAUAGUCAUGAAAACUUCGUUCAAUGUCUUUACAGUUAUUCCCACAAUUCCAGUUCAAUCUCUAAGGUUGUGUACACUCGAACCAACUCCUCUUACGCAUCUGUACUGCAGUUUUCCCUUCAAAACCUCAGAUUCUCAUCCAAAAAAUCACCAAAACCACUUGUCAUAGUUACACCUCUGGAAGUUUCCCAUAUUCAAGCCACCAUAAUCUGUUCCCAUCAUCAUGGCUUGCAGAUUCGAAUUCGAAGUGGUGGCCAUGACUUUGAGGGUCUCUCCUAUGUUGCUGAAGUUCCAUUUGUAAUUAUUGAUCUCAUAAACUUUAGAGAAAUUGAAAUAGAUGUAAACAAAAAGACUGCAUGGGUUCAAUCAGGGGCAACUGUUGGUGAACUUUACUAUAGGAUCAGUGAGAAAAGUAAAACCCUUGCCUUUCCAGCAGGUGUCUGCCCCACUAUAGGAGUUGGAGGGCACUUUGGUGGCGGUGGCUAUGGAUUCUUGACGCGUAAAUAUGGCCUCGCUGCUGAUAAUAUGAUUGAUGCUCACUUAAUUGAUGCGAAAGGUAAGCUUCUUGACAGAGAAGCCAUGGGUGAGGAUUUGUUCUGGGCCAUUAGAGGAGGUGGAGAUGCAAGCUUUGGAGUGAUCUUGGCAUGGAAGAUAAAAUUAGUUCCAGUUCCAUCAAAUGUGACAGUAUUCAGAGCCCCCAGGACAUUGGAACAGAACGCAACCAAGCUUAUUCAGAAGUGGCAACUUGUGGGAAAUAAAAUUGACGAGAAUUUGGGCAUAAAUAUCAUGUUGACCAGGGUAAAUUCAAGUAAGAAAGGGGAGCCAACAAUACUAGCCCUGUUCCAAUCCUUGUUUCUUGGAGGAGUAGAUCAGCUCAUUCCCUUAAUGCAAAAGAACUUUCCAGAACUGGGUUUGAAGAGAGAAGACUGUACUGAGAUGAGCUGGGUAGAAUCAGUCCUUUAUCUUUGGGGGCUUCCAAUUGGUCAACUUGAAGUUUUGCUGAACAGAACUCAAACUACAACAGAUUCUUUCAAAGCAAAAUCUGAUUUUGUGAGAAACCCCAUUCCUGAGAGUGGCUUAGAAGGGUUAUGGCCAAUAUUAUAUGAAGAUGGGGGCGAAGGAGCAUUGAUGGUACUCUUUCCUUUUGGGGGUAUAAUGGAUAAGAUUUCAGAAUCCGAAAUUCCAUUCCCCCACAGAUCUGGAAACUUGUACGUAAUUCAGUACGCUGUACAUUGGCAACAAGAAGGAGAAGAGAUAGCACAAAGGCACAUCGGUUGGGUUAGAAGACUUUACAGCUAUAUGGAAACUUUCGUUUCAAAGUCCCCUAGAGCUGCAUAUGCCAAUUAUAGAGACCUUGACAUUGGGGUAAAUAACAUUGGCUACACAAGCUAUAAGCAGGCUAGCAUCUGGGGUUUCAAGUAUUUCAAGAACAACUUCAAUAGAUUGGCACAUGUGAAGACUAAGUUCGACCCUCUUAACUUCUUCAGGAAUGAACAGAGCAUACCUUCUCUUCUGCCUGAAAGACCCAAAUAGAGAGAACCCACAGCUGCAAAGGUCAUAAUAAAAUAUGCUGCUUUCUUGUUUAUGUGUAUCUCAGGUGGC